AUGUUGAAAAAUGUCGAAGAGUUCAUGAGAGUUGAAAUACAGACACCUGUAAAAACCUACAUUGGAGCAACUGGUUGCUCGAUUUCAUUCGAUUUGCCAUAUAAAGCAAAUGAUUCAUAUGCCAAGAUGAGAAGAAUCUUGAAUUCGAAACUCGCAGCGAUUGCUGAGAAAAAGCCAGAGCGGAUGAAAUUCGAAAAGUUGACGGAGUUCCGAAUUUCUUAUCAAGGUUUAGUUUUGAAGGAUAUUUUUGGCUAGAGAAUCUACAAGUUUUACAAUAUUGAUUAUUUUGAAUGAAACAUUUAGGCGGGUGAACAAAGACCACCCACGAAAUCUGAACUAAAUCUCUCCAAAAAAUGAAAUAUUUUUAAUUAUAAUUUUUGAACACCAUAUUGUAAAAGAUCAGAAAAAACCUAAUUGUCUAGGACCCACAUCUAGAACUCUUCUAUGCAAAUAUUCCCAGUUUUUUUUUCAGAAAAUGAAUGCACUCGAAAAAUAAUUGACAACGAUCGUGAUCUUUUCGAAGCUAUUUGCUGUCAUGGAAUCUAUCAAGCUUAUAAAACAAGUCAACUCAUUACCAAAAUCGAGUUUGCCUUUGUCUCCGACGAAUUGAAUCUGGCGGCCCUCAUCGAAACUUCUCUUUUUGGCGCAACACCACAAAACUCAAAUCAAUAUUCAUGGUAUUUUCAACCAAUUCAUCGACUUCUUCCUGAUCCACGUGAUAACAAGCCAAAUUGGGAAUUGAGAAAAACUUUUGAGAAACUCGAAGCCGAGAAAAACAAACAAACAAUGGAAGCUGCUGCUCGGUAAGUUUGACAGCUCAAUUAUCACUCUGAAAUUUGAAUUGCAGUCUUAGAUGUUCCUUUUCACACAUCUUGAAUCUUCAUUUCAAAUAAAUUUUGUUUAAUCGAAUUUAUAAAAUGUGAAUUCGCAUACAUUUCUGAAUCAAAGUACAAAUUACAGUCAUAAAUUUUUUGAGAGUUCCACUCUGAGCUUAACCUAAAUUCAAUUUUCGAAAAACGAUGAGAUGGAAUUUAAUAGGCGAAUAUACAUAGAUGCGGUCUAAUACAGUAUUCUCCGGAAUAUUCCCAUUUCAAAAUUUUUUGCAAUUUUUUCAGCGAAACUGGUGCCUCGACUUCCGAUGAGGUAAAUGAAACCUAUGUCUGAUUUAUGAUUUUUUUUUGAUAUUUUUUGAUGUUAGAUCUUCUUAGUUAUGAUGCAAACCCCUUGCCUCCCACUUCAAUGUUCAAUUUUCAACUGAUGAAACUUUCAAUUUCAAUUUUUUGCAAAUUGAUUAUUUGCUCAAAUAUUUACCAAGGUGUGAAAAAAAAAUAAUCUUUAGAUUUUUGAGUUCCUAACGUAUUUUAUUUAUUCUCAUUUUUAUUCUGAAUUGUUUUUGUUGUAGACUAAAAUUCAAACUUCGUAUUUCCCGACCUGAAAAUGACCUUUUGUUAUUUGUAUUGACCCAAAAAACAACAAAGUUUUUAAAAAACUUUUUUAUCGUCUUUUUCAAUUUUUCGGAAUUAUAUAAGCUCCUCCUUUUUUCUUCCAUUAUUUAAUACCCUCCGGGUCUGAUAAAAAAUUCGAGAAGAAAAGUUUUUAUUGUAUUUAUUCUUUCUGUUUUUGAAAAAUAACAUUUAGAAAUUCCAGAUUUUUUUUAGAAGAAUGCAGGCUUAUGUAAAAACAACAAUUUUAUUAUGUCUUUAUGGAGCUUUUAAAGAAUUUCGUCCAACUGAACCUUACAUGUAUGAGUAUGAACAUGUUACGUUGAAUAUUUCAGAGCACACUUUAAAUAAUCAGGUUAGUUUGGAAAAUUUAUUGAUUUUUUUGUUUUUUUAUUGGCUAUAUUUUUUUGGAACAGGCAAUGUUUUGUUUUCGAAUGUUUAAUGACCUGGGAAUUUGAACAUUUUUUGUUUUUUCUAAUCUGGAUUUCUAACAGGUUGUGAAAUCAGUACAAACUAACUUUAAAAAUGUUUUGAGCUAUUUUUUAACAUUAUAAAAAUAACUGUAAUUUUUCAAACAUUAAAGAAAAUGUUUCAAAGUUAGAACAUAUUUUAUUGUUCCGUCAACUUGUUUUCAAAAAUCAAAAACGUAUUUUUCCCUGGAAAAUAUUUUUAGGUCAACUUCUGAUUUCACUGCAAAAAACUGCUCUUUGAAUAUAUCUAACAAACAUUUAACAACCCAAAAAUUGAUAAAGUCGCAAACAAACAAUAAAACAACUUUCCAGGUGUUCCCAAUAUGGACGUACAGUUACUUGGCAACAUUGAUUCCCGCAUUUCUCCUGACUGAUGUUGUUUUAUACAAACCAGCGAUUAUUUUCGAAGCGGCUUCCUAUACAAUUGUCUGGCUAUUUUUUGUUUUUGGUAGAGGGGUUUUAUCAAUGCAAUUAGUUGAAGUAUUUUAUGGAUGGGCGACUGCAACCGAAAUUGCUUAUUUUGCCUAUAUUUAUGUGAAAGUUCCGAAAAGUGAAUUCAAAGCGUGAGGUUUUCUUUUUUUUAGAAUAAAAUUAAUUGAUAAAGUUCUUGAUUGAAUAACUCGGGAAAUUCAAAACUUGAAAGCAAUAUUUUUACAUUAGAACAUUUUUUUCUUAAUUAAAUGUUGGAAAAUUCAACUGUUUCAAACUUUUUUAAAGGUAAAUUUCUAUAUAUUCAAAUUCAGUGAAAUCAAAUUAUGCAGAGAACUUGUUUGGAAAAUUUUCAUUUCGUAAAAAUUGUUUUUUUUUCCAGAGCAACAGCUUGGACCCGCGCUGCUCUUUUGGUUGGUAGAUUCUCAGCUUACGCGUUAGCUCAACUUAUCAUUGGCCUAAAAUUAAGUGAUUAUAUGUGUUUAAAUAUUAUCUCAUUAGUUGCCAUGUUCAUCGCAUUAUUCUUCUCAAUUAUCUUACCAAAAGUCACAUGGAAAGAUGCAUAUCAGAAAAAAUUAGAAGCUGAAGGUGUUUCAAAUAUUCAAGAUCAUUUGAAAGUUGCAAAAUAUAAGGAUUAUCUUUCAAUUUAUUUUCGGAAUAUUCAUCGAGAUUUGUAUACGAUUUAUACGGAUCCAUUUAUUUUGAAAUGGUCCAUUUGGUGGGCGUUGGCUAAUUGUAUUUUCUUGCAGGUCAGAGUUUUUUCAGGGUAAAAAAUUUCCCAUAGAAGUCAAAUUAAAAAAAAAAUUCUGAAAAAAUUUUGCUUGUGACGUGGCAAAACAUUCUUUACAGAAAAAAGUCCAGAAAAUUAUAUCUACCUUUUUAAUGAAAUCCCGAUUGGGUGGUGUCUCGAUGGAAACUUCAAGAGAAGAUAAAAAGGAGUUGCUCUAAAUUCUGUUUUUUUUUUCAAAAAAAUUCUAGUCUCCAAAAAUUCAAGCAGAACAUAAACCAAAACUCUGCAUUCCUAAAAUUCUCAAGCAAUUAAAUCACAAAGUAAUUAUCCCACAAAACGUGUGAAACGCAACCUUUAGUCGAUCAAUUCUGCAAAACUCUACCACGUCAUAAAAAAAACCUUUCAGGUCACAAACUACACUCAAACUCUAUGGGGAACUCUUUCCGAAGAAGAUAAUCGUUUCAAUGGUAUCACUGAAGCUCUCGUUCCACUCUUCGGAAUUCCAGCAGAUCUUCUAACUCAAAAAAUAACUCUAAAUUGGUCGAGAUGGGGUGAAUUAGUGUUAUCUAUUGGAUCUUUGGUGCAAUUUGGUUUUCUUUUAUGGAUGUCACAAUCACAUCAAAUAAUAGUUUUAUAUAUUGGUUAUAUUGGAUAUCGUAUAAUUUAUCAAGCAACAAUGACAAUUGCACAAUGUAAUUUGGCUACUCGAUUACAUAAUGAUUCUUAUGGCUUACUUUUUGGUAUCAAUACUUUUAUUGCUCUUUGUCUUCAAUCGGUUUUAACUAUUUUUGUGAUCAAUGUUGCCAGUUUAUCAGUCAGACCUCAGGUAAGACCCGAAAAAGUUAUGUCAUGUGGAUUGCUCAUGAAAUCUGAUUUUUAUAAAACAUCUUAUGAACAUUAUUGAAAAUAUUCAGUGCAGAAUCUUCAGAGGCAAAAAAUAUCGUAUCGUUGAAUUUCUAACCAUCUCUAUUUUCUGAGACUUCUAUUUUUUGUAGUUGAUCUAUAGAUCUUUUUUCUCUGAUAUUUUUAUUAUCAUUUUCAUUUUUGCAGUUUGUCGUCUAUUCAAUCUACCAUCUUGCAGUUGCUCUAAUCUUCUUGAUAACUUUUAUUAUUCUUUUCUUUUACCGUCUCCGAAGAAAUCGAAUCAUUGCAGCUUGA